AUGGGAAAGAAGAAAUGGGCGAAGAAAAUCACCAGCGAGAAACCUACUUCAAACCGUAGAGAAGAAACCCCAGAAUCGCAGCCGACAAUGGAAGAGCAGCCAACGAACCCGCAACCACCGGAGCCGACUCAUCAGGCUCCGACGAUGGUUUCUUUGGACGUAAUGACGAAGUUCCUUCGACAGCAGGACCCAAGUCGAGAUUGGGCGGAUGAGUUUGCCGGUUUUAGCCGAAUCGGGGGCAAUUGGAGCAUGACCGGAGAAACCCCAGCAGUACCUGCAUCAGAACCGAAUGUGCAACCCACAGCACAACCACCCACUACCAUUCCGACUUCAUCAACAAUUGCGCCAGAAAGGGAACCUCCCUCGGCGACCGAACCCUCGGAAUCCGCCCAAACUCCCCAACGAAGUGACUCAAUGGAUGUUGACCCCAUCUCUGCCUAUUACGACUCUGAACUAGAGGAAAGGGAUGCGAGAAGAAGAAAUGAGGAAAAGAGCCAGAAGGGAGGCGAUGAACCAGAGAAAACGCCAACAGCGGAGCCCAUUCCUCAAGAAACGGCGAAGGAAGAGAUAGAUUUAAAUGAGACGGCCAGAAAGCAGGGCCUAAUGACUGAUGAAGAAUUUCAGGCUCUUCUGGAUGAGGUAAAUUGGACGGAAGAUGGUACGGCCACGAUGGCUGAGGGCCUAGACCUCGCAUCAAGGGCAGUAGAAGAGGGUAAGAAAGACGAUGGAGAGAACAACUCAGAAGGCCUAGCCGAACGGCCAGUAGACGAAGUGGUGGGAGGCCAGACUGGAGAAGAAGGGACAGAGUCAACAACUCCCUAG